AUGUAUUCAACUCUUUUGACUCGUGUGCUCAUCUUCCUAUGCAUCUUCUCCGCUCUUUGUCUUAGCUCAGAUCAUGAAAUCCAUCCAUUAGAUUCCCUCACUGCAUCUGAGCUCACUCAAGUCCAAACUAUAGUGAACAACUCAAUUUGCUCAACCAGCUGCCAAAGUCUUAGCUUCCACUAUGUUGGCUUACAUGAGCCAGAUAAACCAAUCGUCCUCUCAUGGCUGUCUGACAAAGACUCCACAAAAGUUCCACCUCGGCAAGCCUUUGUUCUUGCAAGAAUUAACUUUAAGAACCAUGAACUCAUAGUUGAUUUGAAUGCUUCUGCAAUUAUCUCUAACAAGGUCCAUGAUGGCCAUGGCUACCCUUUGCUGAACUUUGCUGAACAAACUGCUGCUAACCGGUUGCCACUUACUUAUGCACCUUUCAUAGCAUCGAUUAAGAAAAGGGGGCUCAAGUUAGAAGAAGUUAUAUGUCAAAGCUUCACCAUUGGAUGGUUUGGAGAGCAAAAGACUAAAAGGAUUGUCAGAGAAAUGUGUUACUAUUUGGAUGGCACAAUAAAUUUGUAUAUGAGACCUAUAGAGGGGAUUACCUUGACUGUUGAUCUGGAUGAGAUGAAGAUUAUUGGUUACAGAGACAGGUUGAUUGUUCCAGUGCCAAAAGCUGAGGGGACAGAUUACAGAGAAGUGAAGCAGAAGCAGCCUGUUAGUUCACCUAUAAAACCAAUAACAAUGUUGCAGCCACAUGGUCCAAGUUUUAACAUAGAAGGACAUGUGGUGAGUUGGGCUGAUUGGAAAUUCCAUCUAGAUUUUGACAUGCGAGUUGGUCCAAUCUUAUCAUUGGCUUCAAUAUAUGAUCUUGAGAAGGAUGAAUAUCGUAGCGUGAUGUAUAGAGGAUUCAUCUCCGAGCUAUUUGUACCAUAUAUGGACCUGACUGAAGAAUGGUACUAUAGGACAUAUUUUGAUUCUGGUGAAUAUGGGUUCGGUCUAUGUGCAGCACCUCUUUUACCAUCGUCAGACUGUCCUGAAAAUGCAGUAUUCCUUGAUGGCUACUCCAUGUCACAGGAUGGAACACCAAUAAAACUUCCCAACAUAAUCUGUAUCUUUGAGCGUUAUGCCGGAGAUAUACUAUGGCAGCACACUGAGGGCGCAAUUCCAGGAAAAGUUUUUACAGAGGUUAGACCAGAGGUGAGCCUGAUAGUGAGAAUGGUGUCAGCUGAAGGCAACUAUGACUACAUUGUUGAUUGGGAAUUCAGACAAACUGGCACUAUUAAAGUUAAUAUUGGACUAACGGGAUUGCUAGAGGUGAGGGCAGCAGCAUACACGUACAAGGAUCAGAUAGGGGAGGAAGUUUAUGGCACACUGUUAGCAGAAAACACAUUAGGAUCAUAUCAUGAUCAUUUCCUGAAUUUCCAUCUUGACCUAGAUGUGGAUAAUCCUGCUAAUUCCUUUGUGAAGACAAAAUUACAAACAACAGCUGUGAUGGACAAGAGGUCUCCCAGGAGGAGUUACUGGACAGUGGUUAGUGAAACUGCUAAGACCGAGUCUGAUGCAAGGAUUAAUCUUGGCUCAGGUGCAGCAGAGCUGUUAGUAGUGAAUCCUAAUAAGAAAACUGAGAUGGGGAACUACGUGGGAUACCGGUUGCUUCCUGGAUCAGUUGUUAAUACCUUACUAUCUGAUGAUGAUUACCCAGAAGUUCGUGCUGGUUUCACUAAGUACAAUGUUUGGGUGACACCGUACAAUAAAUCAGAGAAAUGGGCAGGAGGAACAUAUGCUGAUCAAAGCCGAGGAGAUGACAACUUAGCUGUAUGGAGCCUCAGGAAUAGAGAAAUAGAGAACAAGGACAUUGUAAUAUGGUAUACACUAGGCUUUCACCAUGUACCUUACCAGGAAGAUUUUCCAGUCAUGCCCACUAUUAACAAUGGAUUUGAUCUCAGGCCUACAAAUUUCUUUGAGCAUAACCCUGUACUCAAAGUAAAACAGCUUGCAAAAGUCAAGUGGCUUAAAUGCUGCAAGGAAUGCCGACACAAUUUAACUGCAGAUAUUGAUCCCCUUGCAUAGUUUGAUGGUUUCUCAUAUUGGUUCACUUUAGCAAAGAACUGCUAAGGUGCUGAUAAUUUCUUUGAGUGGAACGAACUGGAUUCAGCUGUAAGUUGAACUUGAGUGAUAGCUCAAACAUUUUGAGAAGUUUUAGAAUGUACAAUGAAAUAAAGACAGUGCCUUGAUCAGAAAUAAACGAGGAUGGUACAACUUCAAGGACGCAAGAUAUAGAUUAAGAUAAUCUCCAAGUAGGAUCCCUUGUUCAGUCAUUUUGAAUCCAAGUGAUAGAUUCAGUAUAUUCCUAUAAAAAUUGC